CGGCGGCGGCCGCGCAGCCCUGGCUCCUCGCGGGCUCGGGCGGCGGCUGCGGCGGGGCUAUGGCGAGCGGCGGCGGAGGCGGUAACACCGGCGCGGCCGGAGGCCAGGGGCUGGGCCUGAGCCUCGGCCUGGGCCUGGGCCUGAGCCUCGGCAUGGGUGAGGCCACUGGCGAGGCGGAGGAGGAGGCGGCCGCGGCCGAGGCGGUGGGACGCCUGGCUACGACGCUGUGGCUGCGGCUCCGCGGCUGGGAGGCGGUGCUGGCGGCGGCGCAGCGGCUGCUGGUGUGGGAGAAGCCGCUGCACAGUCUGGUCACAGCGGCCGCGCUCAACGGCCUCUUCUGGCUGCUGUCUUCGUCGUCCCUCCGGCCCUUCUUCCUGCUCAGCAUCUCACUUCUGGCCUAUUUUCUCCUGGAUCUUUGGCAGCCUCGCUUUCUCCCGGAGGUUUCAGCGUCAUCCCCAGAGGAGCCACACUCUGACAGUGAGGGUGCGGGGUCAGGCGCCCGGCCGCACCUGCUGAGUGUGCCCGAGUUGUGCAGAUACCUGGCUGAGAGCUGGCUCACCUUCCAGAUUCACCUGCAGGAGCUGCUGCAGUACAAGAGGCAGAAUCCAGCUCAGUUCUGUGCCCGCGUCUGCUCUGGCUGUGCUGUGCUGGCCGUGCUGGGACACUAUGUUCCAGGGAUAAUGAUCUCCUACAUCGUCUUGCUGAGCAUCCUGCUGUGGCCCCUGGUGGUUUAUCACGAGCUGAUCCAGAGGAUGUACACUCGCCUCGAGCCGCUGCUCAUGCAGCUAGACUACAGCAUGAAGGCAGAAGCCGACGCCCUGCAUCACAAACACGACAAGAGGAAGCGCCAGGGGAAGAACACUCCCCCAGGAGGCGAUGAGCCACUGGCAGAGACAGAGAGUGAAAGCGAGGCGGAGCUGGCCGGCUUCUCCCCAGUGGUGGAUGUGAAGAAAACGGCACUGGCCUUGGCCAUCACGGACUCGGAGCUUUCAGAUGAGGAGGCUUCUAUCUUGGAGAGUGGCGGCUUCUCUGUGUCCCGGGCCACAACUCCACAACUGACCGAUGUCUCUGAAGAUUUGGACCAGCAGAGCCUGCCAAGUGAGCCCGAGGAGGCCCUGAGCCGGGAGCUGGGAGAGGGAGAGGAGGCAGAGCUGGCCCCUCCCGAAGACAUGCUGGGCCCUCCUCAAGCCCUCUCAGGGCAAACCCUGGACUCGGAGGAGGAGGAAGACAUGGCCGCCAAGGACACCUUGCUUCGGCUCUCAUCCCCCCUUCACUUUGUGAACACGCACUUCAAUGGGUCAGGGUCUCCCCCGGAUGGAGUGCCGUGCUCCCCUGGAGGACCAGUGGAGACGCUGAGCCCUGAGGCAGUGAGUGGUGACCUCACUGAUCCACCCAGCACCCUGUCACCCCCACUUUGCCUUGCUGAAAGUGACCCAGUCCCCUCUCCUGCCAUGCUCCCACCUCCUCCCCAGGACUCUCCCCAGCCCCUGCCUGCCCCUGAGGAAGAGGAGGCACUCACCACUGAGGACUUUGAGUUGCUGGAUCAGGGGGAGCUGGAGCAGCUGAAUGCAGAGCUGGGCUUGGGGCCAGAAGCACCCGCAAAGCCCCCUGAUGCUCCACCCCCUCCAUCCGUGGGGCCUGAUGCCCAUUCUCUGGUACAGUCAGACCAAGAGGCUCAGGCCAUGGCAGAGCCAUGAGCCACAGGGGAAGGAGCUGCAGGCACAGCAGGGCUUCCUGGCUGGAGGCGCCACUGUUUCCUCCUGUCCCUGAAGCUCUGAGGAGGGCCAGCGUGGGGCAGCUGGCUGUCAGAUGGUAGCCACUCCACCCUCUGCCUGCCUGCCUGCUGUCCUGGGCCUGGCGUAGUACCUGUGCCUGGGAUUGGUUUUAAGUCUGUAAAUAAUUUUCCAUUUGGAUUUGUGGAUGUGAACAGGGCUAGGGAAGUCCUUCCCACAGCCUGCACUUGCCUCCCUGCCUCAUUUCCAUUCUCAUUCCACGAAGCACCAAACCCUGGUGGUCUAGCCCUUUUUUUUUUUCCUCCUAUCCUCAGGGACCUGUGCUGCUCUGCCUUCAUGUCCCACUUGGUUGUUUAGUUCAGGCACUUUAUAAUUUUUCUCUCCUGUCCCUUACUCCUCUGCUUUGUUUUCCUGCUGUGUCAUGUCCUUAGCAGCUCAACAACCCCUCCCCCCACCACCACCUUUGCCAGCUCCACUUUCCCAGCAGGCACUGCAAAGCUUUAGGGAGGCUCCUGGUCUGGGGGAGAGGGGGUGGUAAAGAAUAAACCCAAGGUGGUGGGUCAGACCAGGAGUUCUGCAUUAGGUCACUGUACCCUCUGUAACCGCCCCUGCACCCUCGCACCAGGUCAGCCCAGCAUUUCAUGGUGCAGGAGGGCAGAGAACCUACAGCACACGCGCCAGCGCUGGGAUUGGUGAGCGUGCAUUCCGUCACUGAGAUGGGGGUCUCCUUACUGCCGUAGGGGGGAAGAAGGAAACCUCCUCUGGGCCAGGGAUGGCCCAAGUGUGGUGGGAGCCCCGUCCCAGGGCCAGGAAAUAGUAACAUCUGUGCAGGUGUCGACUGGAAAAAUAAAAGCGUUGAUUGGCUGGAACCGCCGCCCGCCUGCUUGCCUGCCUGCCUGCCGCCUCACUGCUUUGCUUUCCACACACACUGAGCUUUGUCUGCUCUUCACCUCACCCCCUUUCACCCCAGUCUUGCUCCUGGCUGUUUAUUUACCUUGGUGCAAAACAAGGCCAGAGGCAAGGCUUAGCCUGACCAGCCUAGCUUCCCUUUAUGGCAGUGUGGUGUGUUAGUGAGAUUUAGCAUGUGUGAAUAAAGUGUGUGCAGGAGGAACUGGCUCUGUCUUCCCAAUCACUAGAACUCUAGGAUCAUAACAAUUGUUUCUGUCUGGGUGCCUGCAAGCCUAACCCUGUCUUCCAUGCAGUUUUUCACCCUUCCACCUGCUAACAGUUGACUUGUUCAGCCCUGGUUUGUCUACACUGGGAAAACCAGUGAAGCCAUGGAGUUCUUACACCUGUAUCAGAACUAAAGUCAGGCCAAGGAACACUGAAGAGAUAGUUUCUAACACUUAGUGAGUGCAUAGUAUGCCCCUGCUCUAUUCUGAGUGGUUUUUAUGUGUAUUAACAUUUUUCUCACAAUGCUGGGGCACAUACUGCGAUUGACUUCCCAGAGGCCAUGAGGACCAGUGAACAGCCAGGAUCCAGCUCAGGCAGAUAGGUUCCAGCAAGCACACAGUAAGCCCCUGUCCCUUAGGGCACAACGGUUAAGACGCUCAGGGAGGCAGGAAGUGUAGAGUGGACUCCUGGCGGUCCUUCCUCCAUGGGGAGCAGAGCCCGGAACAGAGCAGAUGGCCGCCUUUGGAGUUCAUGUCCUCAGCCUUCAGCUGCAGCUACCAUAUGGCAAUGCUCCCUGUCUUUUGGGUUGAUUCCUAUGCCACGUAGUUUGUGUGUGAGAAUUUUCCAUUGUCAACCAUUUGCCAGGGAGACAAUCUCUUAGGGAUACCUGAGGCUCCGUCCUCUGCCACUGGAAGAAUGUGAGCUUUUAAUCAUCUAGAAAACGGAAAAACAGUUCUGGUUGACAAACAGGCAUUCAAGAAAAAAUAGAACUGAACAAUCAGACAAAGGUGGCCAGUACCCUGCUUUUAAUCCAUUUCCUUGUUGGACUUGCUGUUUGAGGACAGAAGCAGAAGCCUGUAUCUGGGUCAAAAUACUCCUCUUAGGUUUGGAGUUCCAUAGGAAUCUCUUCUUGACAUUCCUUUUGGUCUGAUGGUUGCUGCAGAGUUGUUUAUGAAUUUCUUAUUAUCAGGUGUCCUAGUCAUUUUGUGCCAUGUAGUGAGAGAGACAAGAAGAAAUCUUUUCAUAUGAGCGAAAAAAAGCCAGAAAUAUGAAACCUACAAUUAGACUAAAUAAAAAUCAAUUGUAGAAAUCCAGGCUAGGGGAAGAAGAGUUGGUUGCAUGCUCCCGCUGGGGGUGGGGACAGUGCCCUCAAGUUAACUGUGUAGUCAGACAGCAGGUAGUGUAAUGUCGCUGCUCAUAAAUUCAGCUUUGUAGCCUGCAAACAAGGAGGGUAAUACUCUAAUGUGCUGCCAGUGGGUGGCUUGCUAUGCUUGUGGACAAACACAAACUGCUGUGUGCCCGGGAGAGGCCACCAGAGACGGCUGAAGUCCUCACUGAGGGACCAUUGAAAGGACUGCAGAUGUUGAAUCCAUGGAGAGCUGGGUUGAGCCAUGUCAGCUGCCCCGAACUGUGAAGGCCGUAGGGCUUCAGAGAGCAGAAAUUAAAUCUUUGGGUACAGGUUGAUUGGUAAUAGUGCUGGAUAGAAUUUAGUUUUCUGGUCAAAGGAUAUGGCAAAACAGUAGAUUUAAAGGAUCUUUAAAAGUACAGUGACCAGGGGGCUGGCGCUGUGGCACAGUGGAUUAAAGCCCUGGCCUGAAGCAUCGGCAUCCCAUAUGGGUGCCAGUUCUAGUCCCAGUUGCUCCUCUUCCAAUCCAGCUUUCUGCUAUGGCCUGGGAUAGCAGUAGAGGAUGGCCCAAGUUCUUGGGUCCCUGCACCCAUGUGGGAGACCCACAAGAAGCUCCUGGCUUCAAAUCGGCCCAGCUCUGGCCGUUGCGGCCAUCUGGGGAGUGAACCAGUGGAUGGAAGACCUCUGUCUCUCUGUCUCUACCUCUCUCUAUAAGUCUGUCUUUCAAAUAAAUAAAAUAAAUUUAAAAAAAAAUGUACAGUGACCAGGGCCAGUGUUGUGGUGUAACUGGAAUGCUGACAUUCCAUAUGGGUGCUGGUUCAUGUCCAGCUACUCCACUUCUGAUUCAGUUCCCUGUUUUUGAUUUUGUUUUUAAGAUUUAUUUACUUAUUUGAAAGGCAGAGAUACAGAGAGAAGGAGUUCAUCUGCGGUUUCAUUCCCCAAAUGGUUGCAAUGGCCGGGGCUGGGCCAGACCGAAGCCAGGAGCCAGGAGAUUCAUCUGGGUCUCCCACAUGGGUGCAAGGGCCCAAAUACUUGGGCUUUCUUCCACUGCUUUCCCAGGGGCAUUAGCAAGGAGCUGGAUCAGAAGUGGAGAAGCCAGGACUUGAACCGGAGCCCAUAUGGGGUGCUGACACUGUAGAUGGAGGCUCUGGCCCCUCGGUUCCCUGUUAAUGGCCUAGGAAAAAGCAGCAGGAAAUGGCCUAAGUGCUAGGGCCCCUGCCACCCACGUAGGAAACCAGGAUGAAGCUCCUGGUUCCUGGCUCCUGGCUUCAGCCUAGCCAAGUGCUAGCUCUUACGGCCAUCUGGGGAGUGAACCAGUGGAUGGAAGAUCUCUCUCUCACUCUGUGUUUCUCCCUCUAAGUAAGUCUUUAUAAAAAAAAAAAAAGUACAGUGACCAAGGACAGUGGUUCUAAAAAUUGCUAAUUCUAUAUGGGAAGACAAGUCUCGUAUGUACCAUGUUUUGUUUUUUAUCAUCCAACGGGAUUCUCUCCUUCCAUCUGCUCCCUGAAAUGUUGGGACUUUGUUGGGUGGUACUGGCUCGCUUUUCUUGGCACUCUGUUCAGCCAUCCUGGGCAAUUUCACGUCGUCACUAAUGUAGUUCCCACUUGUGCUGUUGUGUGUCUCGGUACAGCUUCUUUCCCACAACUUCCAAUGAGGCAUCUCCUCUUGAAGAACCUUCUGCUCAACGAUCAAAACCUGAACGCAUCCUCUUAUCACCCUCUUUCUACUUCACUCCCACCUCCCCCAAACCGAAGGCUUUGUAUCUUCCAUCUUGCUUGCCUGCACCACAAGCCACAAAGACCUACGUUUCCCUCAUUCCGCAUCCACCUGAUCACCAGUUACUACUGAUCUGGUGCCAUAAUCAUUUCUCAACUCGGCUGCCGUCAUGGCUGUGAUUCAUUUUCCUCAUCUCUCACUGCCCACAUUCUUGUUCCCCACCCAAAAUUCACCCCCAGCAACAUACCUAGAUUAUUUUAAAGUACAAGUUAGAUGAUCUUUCUGCUGAUUUACUAUUCACCAAAGGCUCUCCUCCUAACAAGAUAUAAAUGCAAGAGCCCUAGUAUGGUUAAGAAUCCUGAAAUUGGAGCCUGGCCUGCUCAGCCGUCUGCCCUCCCCUAGCCUCCAGCCCCACACAUCCUAGGCCUCCACUUAGCAAAUGCCUCAUUUGUCUUUUAAGAUGCACUACAGGGGACUGGCAGUAUGGCGCAGGGGGUUAACCUGCUGCUUGCCUCACCGGCAUCCCAUGCUGGAGCACUGGUUUGAAUUCUGCAGCUGUGCUUCUGGUCCAGCUCCCUGCUAAUGUGCCUGGGAAGGCAGCAGAGGGUGGCCCAAGUCCUUGGAUGCCUGCCACCCACGUGGGAGACGAGGAGGGAAUUCUCUGCUCCUGGCAUUGGUCUGGCCCAAAUCUGGCUGGUUCAGCCAUUUCAAGAGUGAAUUGGUAGAUGGAAGGUCUUUCUUUUUUGCCUCUCUCUCCUUCUCUCUCUGUUGUUUUGCCUUUCAAAAAUGAUGUACCUCAGACCACAUCUCAUCUGUGACCCUCCCCGGUAGCCUCCAUCACUGCCCCUCCUCAGUCCAGCUCUCUGAGAUCAGACAAGAUCAGGUGUGUUCAGGGAGGUAUGGCCAUAGACUCCAGCUCUCCUAAUGCCCUCACAGUUCUUGGGCACACUUCCAUUCUCCUGCAUACCACAUGAAACCCCCAUACUCACUCUACAAGUCUGUGUCUGUGUAGCCUCUACUCUACGGCUUAUUCUUAAGGGUAAAGGCUAUGUCUUACUCAUCGGAAUGAAAAGUUGGCAUGUGCUAGAUGUUCAAUAAAUGUAUGUGAGACUAAA